AUGUCUACAAUUCGAUGGGUGGAUCUGCUAUCCAGCGAGUCAAACCUCUCCCACUCAGUCGCGAACAACGAGGAUGUCGUUGAGAAGGCCAAGAAAAAAAAAUUCCCCUAUCAUCAGGAGAGGGACCUUAACAGUAGCUUCUUAAAUUCAUACACGGCAGAUCUGGACAACAGCAAUGUGGGAAUAAAUUUGAAGAUAAAAAAUAUGUCCAUCGUGGAGAAAACGGAGAAGGGAGAGAAUAAGCCCCUUCUAAGUGCGGAUAAAACCAGUGGGCAAAUGACCCCAUGGCGAAAUGACAACCAAAUGGAAAGGACUCUCCCCAGUGUAGCUCCAGACGGGGCGAUAAAACACACAGGAGAAGGACAAUCAGAGAAGAGCACGGAAGGAGUGCCCCCCAAGGAUUCAAAAAACGUGCAUAGUAAUGAAGACGAACAAACAGAUCUCCUACCAAAUGUGGUGGUGAAGGAUGUCAUAAAGGAGAAAAACUGUGUGAGUGAGGAAUUGGUGAGUCCCUCCCAGGGGGAGCUAAACCAGCAAGAGAAGUCAAUCCCAAAGGUGGAUUCCGCCAGCGAACCAACCAAUGGAAAUACCGUCCUGGAAAGGACGAAUAAAACGGGGAAGGAGUACCCCAAUGCAGAGAACACCCCAGAGGAGGAAGACACCAAAAAGGAACUGCUCAGAAGAGUCAGCGCGGGGAGUGAAAAUAGUCAAUCCGCAAUCGAAGGUGCAAAGAGGGGAAGUGAAAAAAGACAAAGUGAUGGGAAGAAGAGAAACUCAUCAAACGUAUCUGCACUGACCAAAGGAAACAGGAGCAACAGAAUAAAAAAUGUCUCUGUGGAUAAGGAGUCGAUACAGAAUUCGUACUUUGCUCGAUACAUUGUGAACAAGGGGGGUGACAGCACGAAAACCGCCAAGAAUGCGAAGAAUGGGAACACCGCCAAUUUCGCCAACACUGACAACGCCGCCAACGCCGCCAGCACUGUAGCAGGGGGAAACGUACCGGGGUGCAGUUUAAUAAUGAAGGCUCCCAACCAGAGGGAGGAGGCCGAAGUGUCCAAGGGGACGCCCCAUAAGGGGAAGAAGAGGAAAGACAGAGCCGUUCUGGGCGAGAACAGCACGGCGUCGAAAUUCAACUUCACGCUGUCGCACGACGUCACGGUGGAUGACAACAACGUACCGCUGAACCCGGCCAAGAAGGUGAAAAGCAGGCUCAAGCAGAGGGGUGCCGCGCAAAAGGACGCCGAAAAGGACGCGGAAAAGGAAGCAGCCAAUGUGGCUAUAACAGAAGGUACAAAUGUAGUGCCCGCUCCACCCGGGAAAACACUCCCAGACAGGGCAACCAAAGUGCUGACGAAGAGCCCCAUUGCAGAUGCCACCGAACUGGCCAAGCAACACAACAAUAAUUUAGGAAUAAUGGAAGAUAUGCCCAAUAUGCGCACCCCCCAGAAAAGUCACAUACCUGCCCCAAGUCACUAUAAGCACCGGACCAGCGACAAUAUCGACAUGGAGAAGUUUAGAAACUUCGACGCCAAUUUUAUUAACUACUUGGGAGACAUACGGAGCCACUUCAGUGACCCCUUUGUCAACUCUAAUAGCAAUCGAGUGAACAGCCGCCUUAAAGAAAUUGCCGUAGGGAAAUCCACGAAGGAAUACAAAAAUUACGUCAAGGUGGUGAAAUAUGAGGAAAGGAUGGAUGACGACCCCAGGACGCCCAACGCGUAUGAGAAUGUUACGAAUGCCAAGUUUCAGGCGAAGUACAAUUUGUGGAGGAAGAAGCUGCACAAGUUUGACUCCAUCGGGUAG